AUUAUGGAUAAUUUGCAAUUAACCAGUUUCAAAGAAUAAACCACAAUUGUUUUGAUGCCUUAUCAUCUUAAAAAUAUAUCAAAAUCAAUUUAAAAUGUGAUUCCAAAGAUGAUAUUUACAUGCAGAAUACAUAAUUCAAUUCCUGUAAUUUUGUAAUUAAUUUAGAGCAUUGUCAUUGCUGUUAAGAAAGUUAACAUAGUAUCUGAAUAUCUUGAGACAUUUGAUGAUCAACCAUAAAUGUUCAUUGAUAUUGAAUAUACAGUAACAUUGUUGUAAUUGCACUCAGGUUAAUAUAAUAUUUAAUUUUCUUAGGAUCUUUAGUAAAAGGGAGAUUGGUUCAAUAAUUUAAAUCACAUAUGAUUGUUCAGAUCUUCAAUAUUUUCAACGUUUUAAUUCCAGAGGAUGAAAUAAAUGAAAAGUCAUUUAUUUGGAAUGAAAAUUUCAAUGCAUUUAUGAAUAGUAUUACAUAUGCAUAUGACUUUAGAAUAAAAUGAGAUAUUGGAAAAUCAAAUAGAAUUACAAAUUAAAAUCACAGAAGUCAUUUUAAAUGAAGCUGAUUAAAAAGAAUUCCAAAUCAAGGGAUCCUUAAAGGAUAGAAAAUAAACAGGAUAAAUAGAGUAUCUUGAAAAUCAGAUUGGGGAUUAAACUAAAAUAGAAGGAAUAAUUGCAAAAUCCCUUGAUUGUAUAAAUUGA